AUAUCGCUCUGAUUCAGUAAACAGCAAAGAUUAUAUAUUGCACGUGUUUUCUCGCAAUGUUGUGUGUUUCAGUAAAUUUUCGACAGUGUCUAUAGAAUAAUAAUGUGAGAGAGAGCUCUGUGGGCAUUCGUUUUACACCAACAGUUUUGGUUGGAAGUUUAGUGAGAAGCAGAUAGCACUGUCAUAAAAUAUUUUCGAACAGAUGUUCUAAUAUCUCAGAAAUUGUCCAAAAAUGGCAAGUGGAAAAUCUAAAACUCCAAAAGAGACCAAAGUUGACAAGCAAAUAGACAGUGAAAACAUUCUUACAUAUGAAUUAUCAGAUCCCAAAUUUAUUGAAAUGGGCUGGACAGUUCUGUCAAAGGACAAGGAGAAAGAAAAGCUCGUUACAUACCAGGCAGAACCAGCCAAGAUCCACAAUGUGUGGUUGGAGGAAAGAACUCAAGAAGAGAAGAGGUAUUAUAAAAAUGGGAAGUUAUUUGUAAUAUUUAAAACAAAUGGAACAGGAAGAGUGCUUUACCCAGAUGGUCAGUUAGCAAUUAAAGUCAGUAAACAUGAUACAGGAACGCGGAUGAUUGUGUUGAAUCCUUCUGGUAAAGAUGAAACUGGAUUUUACAGGCAAAAAUCAUUAGCAGCAAUGUUUGACUCUUUUGGAAAUGGUAUUAUAUAUGAUAUAUCAGGAAAAGUAAGAUUAAAGUACACACAGAAAGAAGGUGUUCUUUUUGACACACCAAAUGGGUUACCAGUUCCCUGGAAGUGGAAAAUUGCAUCAGUAAUUGAAAAAACUGUUUCCUCAAAGCAGUCUGCAAAUCAAUGUCACAAAAUACCAGAGGAGAUUGUAGAGCAAGCAAGGUCAAUUUUUGACAUGAGGGAAAAAGAACGUGACAAGAAAUCAGCAAGAGACAUUGUACAAGCUCCUAAGGAAACACCAGUAUCUCAGAUGCAGUUAAUGACACAAGGCAGUAGUAAUAUUGCACAAAAAAAAUCUUCUGUUGGUCCAAAAUCUACUACUGAACGUAAGUUUGAUACUGGUGAUGACAGUGCUAAAACCUCACUGGAGAAGUUUGUUUCUACUUCUGGCAAUCUGAAGGGAACAAGACAGGAAACAAGACAAUUUGUGUCUGAAAAUAACAGACAGUUACACACAAGAAAAACAUUUAUGUUUAGCUCUGAGAAAUGUACUCCAGUGAAGAUAAUUGUGCUUAAGGUCAAUAAAUAUAUAGGAUUUCGCAUUUUGGAUCAAUCCAAUAUCAGUUUACAGUUUAAUGCUGGAAAUAAAAUACUCAGGUUGGAACUUGGUGUACGGGUGAAUCCACAAAUCGAGGUCUGUGUUAAUGAAGUGAGCAAAGACAUAGUUUCAGUUAAAGAUAUACCAUGCAUUUUUGAAGUGUCACCAACACCAAGCAUGAUGUGGAGUCAUAAUUUGCUCCAUAGUCAACAACAAAAUGCUAAGAUGGAGCUGCUACAGAGAAAUGCUCCUGUAAGCUUCAAUAUUAGUUGAUGAGAAAGAUGUAACAUACUAUCAAAUAAAGGGAAAAAUACAAUGAUUUAUGGAAGGA